AUGACGCGAUUUCUUGGCCUUCGAGGCAAACGUCUCACACUUGCAUCUAUACUGGGUGUAUUAAUGCCUGGAAUCAUGUCUGUCGGCUACAACACAGCUUCCCUUGGUGGUGUUUUAUCUUUGGAAAGUUUCAAAAAGAGUUUCCCCGAAAUCGAUAUAGCUCAUGCUGAUAACAAGGACCAUGCAUCGACGUUAGAAGGUGCUGUGGUGGCGUCAUAUGCAAUUGGUACAUUUAUAGGAACUUUCUGUUGUAUUUGGUUGGGCGAUAUUCUGGGUCGUCGUCGGGCUAUGCUAGCAGGAGCGUCAGUUCAACUUAUUGGUUAUGCUUUGAACCUGACUGCAUAUUCCUUUGCUCAGUUUUUCACAUCUCGAUUGAUCGUGGGGAUGGGAACAGGAGCAUUGCUUGCCACCGUUCCGCUUUGGAUCUCUGAAACCUCCCCUGCCAAAAGGCGUGGUUCUCAUGUCGCGACAAAAGGCAUUUUCAGCGGACUGGGCUGUGCGUCAGCAUUAUUCCUGGAAUAUGGAUUGUCUUUUAAAAAAGAUACUACCUUGUCGUGGCGUCUCCCCUUCGGCUUCCCCACUGUUCUAACUCUCACACUUUUGCUGUUUGUGAUCUUUCUACCUGAGUCGCCUCGCUGGCUCAUUCGAAAGGGACGAAUCGCAGAGGCUCGAGCUGUGCUUGCGGCUCUAGCAGAUAUCGAUAUUGAUUGUGAAAAGAUUGACAAUACAAUCAAUGAGGUGCAGACUUCCUUGAAUCUUGCGGGCGGAGAUACGUCUUUCAAGCUCCUGUUUCAAAUGGGCAAUCAGCGAACAUUCCAUCGAGCUAUUCUUGCCAUUGGUGGUCUUGUAUUCUUACAGUUCACCGGUGCUACAGUGACCACCUAUUAUACUACUGCAAUCUUCGAAAGUAAUCUGGGUCUCAAGCAAUCCACGGCUAGACUCCUAGCAGCCGUCUAUCAACUAGUUGGGCCUCUCGGAGCCACUCUAUGUGUCUUCAUUAUUGAGAGAGCCGGUAGACGACGUUUGAUGCUUGGCAGUGCCAUUGGUAACACCAUCUGCUUGGCCUGCAUCGCUGCCCUCGGGUCUCAGGUGGACAACAUCAAAGCCUCACAUGGGGCUGUUUUCUUCCUAUUUCUCUUUCAUUUCUGCUACAUCAUUGGCUUCGGUGGGAUCCCCUAUCUAUAUGCGACCGAGAUUGCACCCUUACAUUUACGGUCCACGAUCAACUCUGUUAGCAUCAGUAUAGGUGGAGCCAUUGGCAUUCUGAUUGCCCAAGUCACGCCAAUCGCCUUCAGAGCUAUGGGGGAGUAUUACUUCCUCGUGUAUGCGGGCCUCAAUGCUGCGAUGGCACCUGCGAUCUUCUUCUUGUUUCCCGAAACCUCUGGGCGCAGCUUGGAAGAGAUCGAUGAUAUCUUCACACUUUCUGAAAAUGUCUUCGAAACAGUCCGUGUCGCAAGACGUCUUCCUUGUUUCCCAUCCCGCCAGGAACUUGAAGGCACAUCACCUACAGAGGACAUGCCCAAAAUGGACAGUGUGUUCAAGGAGAAAGAGAUCCCGGUUUGA